AGGCUUGGGAUGUAUUGCUUCGGGGAGCUACGGUAUUUUCCAAACUGGAUCGGCGGUCCGGAUACUGGCAGAUACGGAUGGCGGACAACUCUAUCCACAAAACUGCUUUUCCGAACUCGGUACGGAUCGUACGAGUAUUUGGUCAUGCCGUUCGGACUCACCAAACGCGCCGGCAACGUUCCAAGCCGAAAUGAACCACAUUCUACGCCCACUUCUGGACGAAUGCGUGGUGGUGUACCUGGACGACAUACUCAUCUACUCGCGCGACAUGAAGCAGCACGUCGAACACCUGCGACGCGUCUUCGAAAUUCUUCGACGAGAACGAUUCUACGUCAAACUGUCCAAGAGCGAAUUCGCCCUGGAGAAAGUCCAAUUUCUAGGACACAUGGUGAGCGCUCAAGGAGUUCACGUCGACCCCAAGAAAAUCGAAGCCGUACGCACGUGGAAGACACCCGAGAACGUGAAGGAGUUGCAGCAGUUCCUAGGCUUCGCUAAUUACUACAACAGGUUCGUGCCACAAUAUGCGAAACUCGCGGCACCACUCACGAAUCUGCUGAAGAAGAACACGCCCUACAAAUGGGAGACGAAGCACCAGGAAGCCGUGGAGCAGCUGAAACAAGCACUAACGUCCGCACCGGUGCUCAUCUUGCCAGAUCCCGAACGCGACUACGUAAUCGAAGUUGACGCCAGCGACCAGGCAGUGGGAGAAGUCUUAAUGCAAGACCAGGGGAAUGGACUGCAACCAAUUGCCUACCUCAGCAAGAAACUGCACGGGGCAGAACUAAACUACCCGAUACACGACAAGGAGGCCUUGGCUAUCAUCAUCGCCUUCAAAGCGUGGAGAUGCUAUCUCGAAGGACGAAGAACAACC